AUGUCUCGAAAGAGUCAAGAAGAAAUGCUUAUGGAAUGGUUAGAGAUUCCACUAAGCAGUGAUGACGAUCUUGAGUGUUUCUCUGACGAUUCCAUUCAAGAUGAGACAUAUGUUGCUCCAGAAUCUGUUGAUUGUGAUAGUGACAGUAGUGACGAAGAAAGUCAAGUACCAGUAAUUAGGACUGAAGAUGUUUCUGGAUCAAGACAAUCUGAUGUUAUAAUGAAGGAAUCGACGUCACAGUUGUCUGAUAAUGCUCUGAAACUGCCAUGCAGCAGCAAAAAUGUUACCAAAAACAGCAGGAGUGUGGUUUGGAAAGAUAAACAGUUGAUUAUUCCCGAACUGCAGUCAAAAUUUCAUGGCAAUACUUCAUUACCAGAAGAAGUAAUAAACUUAAAUACUCCAUACCAAUUCUUCAAACAUAUAUUUCCAUCUAAAUUGUUUGAUCUAAUUGUCGAAGAGUCUCAUAGAUACAGUGUGCAGUGUAAUCCUGAUAGACCAAUAGAUUUAUCCUGUGAUGACAUAAAAAAAUUUAUAGGCAUCUGUCUCGUAAUGUCAAUAGUUCAUGUACCUAAUACGAGGGAUUACUGGGGAGAAGUUACUGGUACUCAUCUGAUCAAGACAACAAUGACAGUGAAUCAGUAUGAGCAAAUACGUAAGUUUCUUCACUUCAAUGACAACAGUGCAAUGAUACCCAGGGGUGAAAAAGGUCAUGAUAGACUCUUCAAGAUAAGACCCAUAAUAGAAUUGAUGAGAUCUCGGUUUCAAACAAUACCUGUUGAGGAGUGUGUUUCUGUUGAUGAACAGAUAUGUUCAACAAAGGCUAGAAGUUAUUUGAAACAAUACAUGCCAAACAAGCCUCAUAAAUAUGGAUACAAAUUAUUUGUUAUUAUUGGCAUAUCUGGUUAUGCCCACGAUUUUGAGAUUUUCACUGGAGAUGAAAAUGAACCAGAAAAAAGAGUGACUGGGGAGGAAGACUUGGGAGCAAGUGCAAAUGAUGUAGUUCGACUCAGUAGGAUACUACCAAGAAAUAUGAACCACAAACUGUACUGUGACAAUUAUUACACAAGUCUGCCACUGCUUGUAUGGUUACAUAAACAAGGAAUUUACUCACUUGGGACAGUCAGAAGAAACAGAGUGCCAGACUGCAAGCUCCCUUCAGAAGCUGAGCUGAAGAAAAUGGCACGAGGUGCAUCAGUAGAGCGCGUCGCAACAGUGGAUGGUGUCGACAUAUCAAAUGUAGUGUGGAAAGAUAACAAGAGUGUGAUGCUGCUUUCUACACUUGCUGGACAGCAGCCUAUUCAUGAAGCAGGGAGCGCGGGUUGUAACGCGCUGCCUAUAACGCGCGUUGCAAUGCUAUCAUGUGUACAAGGACUAAGGGUGUGUGCUGCCUCUGCCACUCAGCUGCCAGUCGCUAAGCGGCUGAGAGAGGGUGCACCAUGUUCUGCCGCUGCUGGUGCUCUGGUAAUUCCUGGGUCACCACCAGAGAUCGUGCGCUACCACUACAGCUCGGGAAUGUCCGCGCCACUGCCAUCGCCACCACCUACACCACACUGUGUCGGUCUACUGAUGCAGUCAAUUCAAGUGUCGUGUGCAAAGCACUUUUGUCGUGUGACUAACGUGUUACUAUCCACCCAGUGA